AUGGCGAGGCCGUCGCGGCAAAACCUGUCCCAUGCCUCCGCCACAUCCCUGCGCGGCUUCGGGGGACGCUCGCCGCAGCCGCCUUCGCUCGCGUCGGCGGCGUUACGGCGAGCGGCGGCGGUGCUCCUCCUCGCGGCCGCAGUGGCGCUUCCCUGCGCCGUGCUGUACCGCGCCGCCGUGGAGACUACGAAGCUCAUCCAUGUCCCGCGUGUGCACCGGCCCUUGUUGCCUGCGCCGCCGCUUCCUCCUGUUCAAGUCUCCGAGGAUGACGGCGACUUAGAUCCUUUCCCCACCGGCGAUCUGGACAGCGAAGAUCUCAGACUAGAACUGGUUCUGCAGGAGGCUUCCAUGGACAAUAAGACCAUAAUAUUGACGACCCUCAAUGCUGCAUGGGCUUCGCCAGGCUCAGUGAUAGAUCUUUUCAUUGAUAGUUUUCGGCGUGGUGUUGGUACUAGUUCACUCUUGAGGCAUCUUGUGAUAGUAGCAUUUGAUUUGAAGGCGUAUGAACAAUGUGUCAAGAUCCAUCCCUACUGCUUUGCUCUUCCAACCAAGGAUGUGGAUUUUUCUCAAGAGAAGAGGUUUCAGACAACUGGGUAUCUGGAAAUGAUGUGGAAAAGGCUGGAUUUCUUGCGGCUAGUGCUUGAAAAAGGUUACAGCUUUGUUUUCUCGGAUGCUGAUAUCAUGUGGUUCCGCAAUCCAUUUCCCCUCUUUUAUAGUGAUGGAGACUUUCAGAUUGCAUGUGAUCACUAUGUAGGGAAUGCGACUGACUUGAGGAACAUAGCCAAUGGAGGAUUCAACUAUGUGAAAUCAAACGAUCAAAGCAUAGAGUUUUACAAGUUUUGGUAUUCUUCCCGAUUUAGAUAUCCUGGGUACCAUGAUCAGGAUGUAUUUAAUUUUAUAAAGCAUGAUCCUUACACCACAGACAUUGGUCUGACAAUUAAGUUCUUAAGUACUACGUACUUCGGUGGUGUUUGUGAGCCAAGCAGAGAUUUAAACAAGGUUUGCACCAUGCAUGCGAACUGUUGUAUUGGACUGCAGAGCAAGAUCCAUGACCUAAGAAUCAUGAUGGAAGACUGGAGUAGCUAUAUGUCGAUGCCACCAAGCUUAAAACAAUUCAGGCCAUUGUCAUGGAGGGUACCACAAAAUUGCAGGUCGAAAUCAACAUUUCCGUGUGUAGUGUGGUCAUGGAGAAAGCGCAAUCUCAGCAGAGGAAAAGGGCAACUCUUCGCAUUUGGUCUUGAUCAGGAUAUCAGGUCUCCCAUAGUAGUUCUUCAACGAAGUGCUUUCCUUGCAAGGGCUCCCCCACCUAUUAGGGCCGUCAACACCGUCUUUGGUAACGGGCCUUUCUACGGGGAUGACUCGUACUUGUGUCAACCCUUGCAAGACCAGCAAUAA